AUGGUUAUUACAAAUAACCAAGAUCCUGUAAAUUUAAAAUUAAACAAAGAUAAUGUAUUGGAAAUCAGCUUUCUUCCCAAAAGUAAAUAUUCUGAUUUUCAGCAAGAUCAGAUUUGGAUUCCACCACCUGCAAAAACUUCAAGGCGAUUGGCGGGUUCACAAAAAUAUCCGAAAAAUAAUAUUUUCAUAAAUAUUCCAGCUGAUGGAGCUGUUGAAAAAACAAAUGACCAAACUCUUCGAAUCGCGCUCGGCAAAAAUGAAAAAAUUAUUCAAGAAAAACAUAUAAUUCCAUCCGCUAAAGAAGACGAUAAAGCACUUGAGUUCCAAGAACAAACACAACGAGUGAGAGGUACAUUUCAAGCCCAAGAACAUGUUCUUGAAGAAGCAGAAGAGUUACUUAAAGAACAUGAAAAUAAACAAAAAGUUUUAUCAAAGUACUGUCGAGCAUUGAAGAAAAAUAUGCAAGACAUAGCCAAAUCAAUUAAAGAGCUGGAAAAUCAAAAUAAAGUAUUAAGAAAAACAAAAUCCACAGAGAAAACAAAAAUGUGCAACAAUAACGUUAAGAAAGAACAUCGAUUUUCCUCAUCCUCGAAACAAAAAAUUGUCCAUGAAGAGGUAGGAACAGCGAAUAUUUCCCAGGAUGAAAAUACAGGAGAUGAUCCAAGUCUAAGUGAAGAAUAUUCUCCUAUUCGAAAACGGAACGAUUUUGACAAACGCGUUCAAAAACAGAAGCUUAAAAGGACAUGUUCCAUCGAAAAUGUGUCAAUAAUGUAUUUACCAAUUGAUAAAUCUACACGAGAGGAAUCUGAAGAAGAAAGCAAUAAAACAGUACAAAUUAAAGACAAAACUCGUAAACAAAUGGCAUCACAUCAAUGCAUCCCAACUGAAAACUUGAUGAUGAAACUUUCUGAUAACAUGAGGAAAACGAAACUGCUCAUCGAUUCAGUGUAUCAGGAAGAUGAAACCGUCGACACAAUGCAAAAGAAAUACGUUUCAGAAGUAGAAAAAUUAUACCGUGAACAACAAGAAUUAUUAGAAAAAAUUUACCAAACUUUGGAUAAGACUAAUAGUGAUGUUACAACUAGAAGUUCAGAGUCUUUUCAGAUAGAUAAUGUGCAAAAUCACUAUGCUAAUACUACAGAAAGAAGCUCAGCACAAGAAGAAAUGAAGGAAAUGCAAAGGAAAGAAAGAAUGUCUAAAAGUUUCCCAGAUAUUCAUUUACAGAAGGAGACUAAAUCUCUGGAAGAUCGGCUAGAACACGCUGAUAAAAAGCUCACAACACUAAAAAAAGAAUUAGAAACUACUAAAAGAUUCCAGUCGAAAUAUAAGCCUGAAAUCGAUGAACAAGAAUAUCCAACUAUCCAUAAAAAUCUUGAAAAUAAAACGAUAAACAAAUUGAGUGCCCCAAUCAAGUUUUUAAAAAACGAUGAUAUGAAAAGCACUCCCCAAAAAACUGGAUAUAAUAACAUUUUAAAAAAUGAUGAUUAUGCAUGCCAAACUGAAAUAACGCAGGUAGUGAGGCAAUUGCCUUCAAAUAUAUCAGGAAAAUUUAACAUUACCAAUGACCCCAAAACGGAGAGUGUUUCCAAGAACGAUAGCUAUGUAUCUGAGACUAAAAUAACACAGAAAUUACGGUUCUUGCCUUUAAAGGCAAUUGAGAAAACAAUGAAGACCAGUACUGCUUCUCCUAUUACAGAAAUACUUAAAGAUAUCAAUAAAUCAAUAGAUAAUGUAAUGCCUUUUUGUAAAUAUAUAUUGCCAGGAGCUGAAUAUUUAAAUACUGAAGAAGGUUCUUUAACAACCGAUGAGAUUAGUUACAAAGAGGUUCCACAGAAAGAAUACUACGAUAGAGAUUCUUCAAAAACAGACAAUGAAAGCACAAAAAUUUUGGAACGUACGGGUAAAGACAAAAUUCAAAAACAUCAGGUACAAAUGGAAAGUAAUAAACGUAAAGAAAAUGGGAGAAUGAAAUUUUAUUUUGAUCCCGAAGGGCAUGCAUUAGUAAAUGACAACACUAAGUACAAAGUCGUUGCACAGAAGUCUUAUAAUAAAAAUGACAUUUCAAAAUUGCAAGAUAAAACAAGAAAAGAACUUGAAUAUUCUGAUAAUAAUAGAACAAGACAGAAAUAUCAAACACAGAAGGAUGAUAAUCAAUACAUAGAAAAUAGAGGGAUAGCCGAUUUUGACAGAAAGCCAACAGACAGUAAUGGAUAUGGUUCUUCACAAAGCUUUACUCAGCUUUCAACAAUGGAAGAAUGCGAUUGUUCUGGGGAAUGUACUGAUCCAAGACAUUUCAAUGAAUUUUCUGAGUUUCAGAAUCCAUCCCAAAUGAAAGACAAAAGCAAGCAAAAAACCAAACAUAGUACUUUAACUAAAGAGACACUUCUUGAAGGAUCUAUUGGAAUAGACGACGAUACUACUGAAUCAAAAAGUGAUUAUCAGAAUAAAAAACUCGAUCCUCCUGAAGAAAGGAACAAAACCAAAGAAGAAGAAAAAUUAAAUUUUUUUGUUUAUCAGUCACCCCUUGCAGAAUCUACAAAAAUAGAUGAUGGUACUUCGCGUUUAAAAAAUGAUUAUCAGGACCAAAAAUCUGAUUCAUCUGGAGUAAAGAAUAACACAAUUCAAGAAAACAAAUUAAAAUAUCCUUUUAAUCAAACACCUCUUGCAGAAUCCACUAGAAUAGAUGACAAUGUUUUGGAUUCAGAAAAUGGUUACCAGAACAAGAAAUCUGAUUCACCUGAAAAAUGGAAUGAUCAACCAAUAUAUAGGAGACAUAUGCAAACAACACUGAAUGAAUUCGUGUAUUCAUAUCCUAAAAUGCCAAAAGAAAAAUUUCCAGAUUCCGUCUUUGCAAGCACACCAAAGAAAGUCCCCCCAAGUGUGAACAGAGGGGCCAAGAAUGCCACAACUGCCAUUUCAAACAUGGAAAAAGCAAGCAUGUGUUCCUAUGGAUAA